AUGGCUCACGAUAGAUAUGUAGAACUUGAAAGGCAUCCUCUUGGUGGUUUUGGCUUUAGUGUGAUUGGAGGAGUGGACACCCAUCUUCCGCCUAUGGUCUGUGCUUUGGUUCAAAAUGGCUCCGCGCAACUAAGUGGAAGGGUAAGCGCCUGUGUUGAUGAUCUCUGUAACUGUCUUCAAAAUCAUUGCAUGAAAGCUUUUAUCAUUCAGUUAGCCCUUAGUUUUGGCACAUUCGAGUGGCUCUCCUCUCGAGAUUUCGUGGAAUUAUUUUCUCUUCCUGGUAAAAUAACAAUUUCUGAACGCCGGAUCACUUUGCUUUCAAACGUGGCAAUCAAAUCGUGAAGACGCAGAGAAACGUGUGAACUUGUUAACUAAAAGCAUAUUUUUUCCACUUCGGUUCUAUUUACCGAAAAAGAAAAAGUACAAGGUAACAGCGAACAAACAAUUUUGUUUUUCUGUUAUCAAAAUUUCCGCUGGUUUUAGUGUCUUACUUGUUAAGGAAAGAUAAGCUAAUCUCUCGCGUAAAAUUUUGUCGAGUAUUCUGCAAUUAACUGAACUUGCUUGCUGCUGUAAAUAUAUCAAGAUAGCGGAGAUUUUCAUGUUGAUCCAUUUCGUCUUGAGCCACGUACUAUGAUAGUAACUCUUUAACCCUUUCUGAGUUUAAUUUCAUACAUAUACAGCUUAUCCUGUAUACUUAAGCUUAAUACAUGUACAUUGCUGGUUGGUUGAAAAGUACUUUCAAAGGACUGAAAUAAAGAUAGGUAGUAUUUUUUUGGUCGCAAUUUAUUUUCACAACACACUAUGGAAUUUAAUAUUCGAGCUUUGUAAGCGUGAUUUAGGGAGGAGUUUGCCCAUUUUGCGAUAUUUUGAUUUACAAAGCAAUCUUGAUUCUGAAUAACUCUGUUUGUUCUAGUUAACUUAUAAAAGUUACGGAAAAUAUUUGUGCACAAGUGUAGGCUGCUUGUCUCGUUAUGAAUUUAGUGUAAACGAGUCUUUUAUUUGUACUUUUCAGCUGUGGUUAAGUUUUUUAAUUUAUAUGUGUCGUGUCCUAUCGUUAUUUACACUAGCCAGGCAAAUUUGUCGUGCUGGGAGAAUAAAUGUCAAAACCGCCCUGUCUGUUUUGCAAACAAUAAACGUGAAAUUGCAUUGGUCAGAAACGAAAAGAUUUAUUAAGAAAUUAACAUAAUUGGAAAUAUCAGUUUUCUUACCUAACAUAAGUUUUUUUCCUCUUUCCUUAACUGAGUCAAUAAAUUUCAUGAUUUAAUCUAUAAGUCUGCACUCUCUAUUACCAUCAUUAUUGAUGUUUUCCCUAAAAACUAUGUUUAAAUUGAAUGGCAAUCAAUUAUUGCUUUAAUUGGUGUGAAUAUCUGUAAACAAACUUAGCUUUUGUAUGACAACAAACAUGCUGAGGUGUACUUGAGUUAUGUUAGAGAGAAGUUGCUUUUAAAUUUAAUGUCAAAGGGAACUGUUAAUUUAAAAAUUGAGACGGCAAGAUAUAUACCUCCAGGGUAUUCAUGGUAUGAAGCUACAUACACCCUUUAAAAUAUUCCAUGUAAUAUUUUUCACAUUUAGGAAACCACAAAAAUUUGAUUGUUUGAAAAAUAUCAAUAAUGCUUCUAAUGUUCAGCAUAAGGUGCAUUUUUUUUUGGUAGCUAUAAAAACAGUGGCAUUAAAAUGCUGUUGGAAUAAAGAGUUGUUCAGUUUUAUCCUUAGUUCACAUUUUUUUGCCUUUGUUUCAAUCUCAUUGUCAUGCAUUACUUAGCUAAAAACAAAGUAGAGUGAAAUAUGAACCAGGGGCAAAAUUGAACCGCAACAUUUCCUUUAGUUUUGAUUUAGAGCUAAGAAACUUUUGUUGUGCAUCAUGAAACAAGCCUCAAGAUAUGAACAUCUGCCUAUUUUUGGACAGCUUGUUACUUGUUAUCCCAAAAUGUACAUUGUUGUCUGGUUAAAAAUGCGUGCAUAGAAGAUGGUACAAAUCCUAUGCUUCAGUUGGCUACCUAUGUUGUCCCUUCUUGAAGAAAUUCAUCAGGCUAGAGAAAUAAAUAGAUAUGUUGCCCCUGUAGGUUUUAAGGCUUUGUUACUUUUAGGGGACCAUCGCUUUAUAGAGAAAAAAACUUACUGAAUGUAUGAGCAAAAUGAUGAGUUUAUGCAACAGUGGACAAAUGUAUACGCCAAAUGUAGAAUGUAGAAGGAGAAAAAAACAUGAGUCUAUUUUAGUUAUUUUCUGUAUUAUUAUCACUUGGAUCUACAAUAUAUUGCCUAAAAUCCUGAUGGCAGAAUUCAUGGUUUGUGGCUAAAAGGUGCUUUCAGAAAUGACCUGUGUUUGCUCUUUAUUUGUUCUUUGUUGUCAAACAUACAACAUUAUUAAAUUUUGUUGUUUAGCUUGCACACUUAUAUGUUUUCCUCUUUAGAGUGAUGGUCCCCUAAAAGUAACAAAAGCUGGACUUAAUUAUUUUUAUUAGUGCUGUAAAUGGCACUUUAAUGUUUUCAGUGAUACUAUGAGUUAAUACACAAUGUAUUUUAAGGUUUUGUGUUCAAUGUGAAUUAUUUUUUAAUGCACAAUAUUUUAAGAAUAUACAUUUCACAGAAAUUGAGAGAAUUGUAAUAGUGGAAUAAUGUCUUUUUUCUGGAGGUUGGUACUCCCAAAUUUGGGCCCUUUUCAACAAUUAAUCAUGUCAGUUUGGGAUGAGCACUUUCAGUAGUGGGGCCAAAGACUAAUGGCAGGUCAAAAUUAAUGUGUGUAAUGUUUGACCACUAAGAGAGGCAUUACAAAUAAGGAUAGAUCACUCAAAAUCAACUGUUGUGAUAUUAGAAUAAGUUCUCAUCACUACUGCAAUAUGUGCAUGUAGGCUAAACGAAAGGAAAUGUGAGGAUUUGGGGUUUACAAAUUUUGGCGUACAUGUAUUUCAUGCAAAGGGUAUGAAUUUGUAUUGAUAGAUUUUCCUUGAGAUCCAACUUAGAACUUGUCUAGCAGGACUUAAUUUUCUGUCAGUCAAAUGUCUAAAAACUGUUAGAGUAGAAUCCUAGUGAAAGAAUACUCUUUGAAUGUGCUAACUUCUCUGGUCAAUGGCUCUCCUAGUGGUUUUUUUAUUAAGUACCUCAUUUAGGUACUAGUAUGAAGUGACCCCACGUUAACUUUUGAAGAAUAGCAGAGAUUUAGAAUCACGUUUUCUGCAAAUGGCAAAUGUCAGAUUCAAGUUGAGAAUUUCUUGAAGUGGAAAAUGAGCAGAUGAAAACAGUCCAAAACAAUUCUUAUGAAUAAAGCUUAUGUGAAACUUCUAAUCAUUUUGUAGAAGUAAUUAACAGUAAAAGGAAAGUAAAGGGAAAACUUGCUCACAGGGUGCAAUUUGCAGUAAACGUGACCCUAAGUCCCUCUCAUGACUCCAAGAUUCGUGUCAAGAGGGAGCCAAUCAAACUGACUUCAAAGGAUAAGUUUGUCAGUUCUGUGUCACUUAAAGAAGUAUCAUAUUGUUAUACAAGACUGUGUAUCGUGGUGCUGUAAUGUAUAAUAAUGAUCAGAAGUAAUUUAACAUGCUAAUAGUUUUUUACAUGUAACUUCAGGUUUUUGCUGGUGACGUUAUUUUAGAGGUCAAUGGUCAACCUAUUACUCAUUUCUCCACAAAUCAAGGUAAGCAAGUUGUAGUUACAGGUCUCAGACAAGUAUAUUGUCUUGCUGGGCAAUUCAAGUAACUUUUAAAAUUUCCUUGUCCAAUGGGCAAGAAUCCAGGCAAGUCAUCAACAACAAAUUCUAUAACUAAGAUGAGCAAGAAGUGGUUUAGGGCAAGCAGAAUGUUUGACCUGUUUGCCCAAAAAACAAGCUGGAAUUCAAGUUUCAAUAAUUCAGUUUGCAUGUAGUUUGUUUAUAUGGUCUCAUUUCAAAGCAGUGUCUUGUGCAUUCAUGUUUUGGGGACUUGUAGUUUUGUCAAAGCUGAUGGAAUGUUUUCUCUUUUACAUUAUUUUCCUUUUUACAUGUCAGUCAAGUUUAUUUCGGGCAACAACCAAUGUAUUCAAAUCUACAACUGUACCACUCAUUGACCUGGUCCGUUUGGUCAUUACAGGAUAAUCUCAGACUGAGGCCUUGAUGUAUUGACCGAGCGAUCAAGGCCUGGGUCUGAGAUUUCCCUGUAAUGACUGAGCGGACGAGGUUAAUAAGUUAUUUAUUAUAUGGCCUUUUCAUUAUGGACCUGAGCCUGCGAUCAAUUAAAACCAACAACUGGUCAGCAGAUAAGUGUAAAAAACUUGUCACCUCAAUGAGUUGUACACUUGAUUCGCGAUACAGUCAGGUGACACUGAUCAGCGGAUACCCUUUUUGACAGUUUUUAAUUGACCAUAACAUGAAUGUCCAUAAGGAUGUCUACUAUCCAGUUAAACACAGAUUGUAUAUGUCUUGGACACCUAGCUAGUAAUGCCCAGUCAUUAAAAGAAAGUAAUGCCCAGUCAUUACAGGAAAACAGCCAAUCAGAGCGUGCAUAAUAUUGUGCCACAUAAUAAAAAUAAACGUUAUUUUAUGGGUAUUUCUGUACAAUGUAUGCUCUCUUGUACAAGGCAUAGGUCGAAAAAAGAAGGAUAAUUCUUCUUCUUUUUUCACUUAUCAUUUUGGACGCCUUUCAGUCUUAUCUGCGACUUCCUCCACAUAUGUCGGUGAGAUUCCUAAAUUGUACUCCCAAAAUGUAUCACAAUAAAUUAUUGGGGUCAUCAUUUUUAGAAACUCCUAUUUAAUUCAGAAUAUGGAGACCACGGGAUUAUCUUGUACAUUCAUAUAAAAGAACAUAUGUUUAUUAUCUAUUUGUGGAGUAAAAUAUUUUAUGCUGACAGGAAACCUCUUUUCUUUUAAGUUGUGGAAAUCAUCCGCCAAACACAGGACAACUUAAGAAUCCGACUGAGGGAUGGUAAGAUAAAGGAAUUUGACUCAUUUCCUGUAGCUUUGGGAGUGCUAAACUUUGGCUAUUGUUGUGCUUUAUAUUAAGGUUGUGUUUAUAACUGCACUGUAUUUAUAAUAAAUUUAGGACUAAUAUUUUUUCAUGAAAAUCUAACCAAAUAUAUGAGAAAAAAGCUACACAUACUCAGGUACAUAGCACUGAGUAGUAUUUAGUGUAGGCAUGUUAAAUUUCAUUGGUAUUUUUUUCAAAAUUCAAUACCUGAUGGUUGAGCGAGAUAUUGUAUAUUUUGUUUAACUGUUAAACAGCAAAAUAUAAAUCACAUUACAGUGUAUUAUACAGGUGUCUCUUGAUUCUUGAGGAUAUUGAAUUGUACAAUAUGAGUACUGUUAGUCAACAUAAUUAUUUAUAUGAAAAUAUUAUAGUGACUAUUUAUAUUUAUAUUGACAUUUCAGAUCUUAAAUGUUGAAUUGAUAGUAAUUUUUUCUGUACUAGUGGUAAUGUAAGGUCUGCCUCAAGUUUCUUGUCCUCUGCUAAAAGCAAGAAUUUCUUCUCUUUACUUCAGAGACUAUUACAAAUCAAACUUAUCUGAGUUUUUUCUUAUAUGGGAGCUAUGUUUUCAACUAUUUUCUGUUCUUUCAGGAAAAAAAGUAGAAAAUUGUAUCAGUAAUGUUCAAUUUUUCAAUUUAUAUUAAUAAAUUACCUGCUAAAUUUUUAUUUAAUAUUAAUUUUUAAGAAGGUGAAGGGCAAAAGUCUGACUGCAUAAUUAAUAGUGAUGUCAUUGCUUUUUGAUGAGAUGCCAGAACAUUUGUGAGUGACGGUAAAGCAUUAUUUAAUGCAUGAAGGCAUAUCUUUAUCAUCCUUGGCUCAAAGCUGAAGCUUCUAGUGGGAUGCUGAGUCUUUCCACAAGAGCAUCCUGUUUGAAACCAAACCUAUAAUGUCAUGACCUUGUAAAACUAGGAUGUGAAAUUUGAAUCCUGUUAUAUUAUAUUGCGUGCUUGAGUGAGGAGGAAUAGGAAUGUAGUUUUGAACAACCAUGGAAAGGUAUGAUUUGGCAACAUACAUGUAUAAUUUCUUCCGUGAUUACAAUUCUCUUCCUUUUUAUGCUCAUGCUGUAAGCUACAAUGGCUUUUCAGGAUGUUGUGUUUUUGUCUUGGCUAAUAUUUUGCUGCCAAUAACAUGCAGUGAGUAAUCUUUCUUCUGUGCUAGGAGAUUAGAUACAUGUAUGGUCAUGCGUUUCAUUUGUAUGGCUGAUUGUUAACAACACAACCACUUCCUUACUUUUCAAGACUUACAGCUUACUGUGUAACCAAUGUAACAUUAAAAAGGUUCUACUCAAGAAACUGAAAUUACCACAGUUGAAAGCCUUCAUUCAGAAAUUAUGUUCACUGUGAGGUUUUGGACUCAAGUUAGAAACAUGCAAUAUUGUUCAAAAUUUGACUGUGGGUAUUGUAUUCAAGUUUGAUGCCAAUAUACAGUAGAAAAAUUAAUUAUGAGUUGCACCCAUUAAUCUACCUCUUAUGGAAACUGAGGCUAAUUCUGGCUUUUUUUGCUGUACGCUAUAUUGACAUGGCUGGCUACUCCAAGGCUUUGUCUGCUCUAUAGCUUUUAUUUGCAGGUACAUCUGUAUGAUUUCCAAAGCAGUAUUCUUAAACCUUUUCAUUCUAGAGUACAUGUAGUUUCAAAGUUCCAGUCUCUGAGCAGUAACCUAGCUUGAAAGAGUUAAGACAUUUGAGUUGUAUCCAUUUCAGUUAUUUGAUAAUACUGAGUGUGUUUCAGAGGUCAAGCUAAUAGUGAAUUCAUGUUUUUCCUUAAGAUAUAACCUAAAGAUAGUGUUUUCAUUGUCUUUUGUGUGUGCACUGUAAAUAUAGCUUGUGAUGGUCUUAAUUGUUCCUGCUGCUCUUGUUAUGCUAAAAUCAUCACAUGGACAAAGACACAAUUGCUAAUCUCAUGUGAAGUGCCUUAAAAUCUGUUAUAAAUUAUCAUCCAAGAGAUAUUUAACUGCCUGUAAUAUGUAUGCUUUUGACAAGGUUGGAACAUGAUUAUUGUAAAUGUAUGUUAAUUUCACAAAUGCUCUUCCAUUUUGUACCAUUUUAAACCUUUUAUAAAAAGACAGACUAAAAUUAAACAUCAAAUCAUAUGUACAUAUAUUAUUAUGCCUGAUUUCAGCUGAUGCAGAACUGCUGUCAGAGUGCUUAGUAAGAAUACCAGAAAUAAAAUGUUUUAUCAACUGAAGAUUUGAGUAGACAUUUUAUUACUACAUGUUUAUAGUUUCUUCUCUACAUGAUGGUGUAGCACUUUUUAGGUAAAAUAGCCUAAUGGUAGAUUACAACAGUAUGCUGAUUGUUGAAUAAGGCGAACCAAGUCGUAGGGCUAAUAAGAUGGUCGAUCUGUUGGAACAGCUAAUACAAUAUCUUUUUCAUUGCUUUACAAAACAUUGGUCAGACCACUUCUAGAGUAUGCUGCUCCAGUCUGGAACCCAUAUCUUGUCAAAGAUAUUCAUGCAAUAGAGAGCGUGCAAAGAUGCGCGUCAAGAUUAGCUCUUAGGCAAAAAAGAGGUGAUUUGUCUUAUGAAGAACGUUGUGACACGUUACAUUGGCCAUCUUUGUCCAGUCGUAGGACGUAUUCCUCUCUUGUUGAAUGUUAUAAGAUCGUGUUUGGCUUAUCACACUUGGAUUUUGAGGAAUUCUUUCAAUUCGCAAAAGUCAAAUCCACUAGGGCAAAUCACUCGUAUAAGCUUUAUUGUAAAUUAUCUAGAAUCAACUGUUUUAAAUAUUCUUUUUUUAACAAUGUAAUUACUUAUUGGAACAAUUUACCUAGUAAUGUUGUUGGAGCCGGUACCCUUGAACUUUUUAAAUGUAAACUCAAAUCCUUUUUAAAGUUGUAAUUUUUAUUGUUUGUUUGUUGUUUUUAGGAGAGUUUUAUUCAUAGGGUUAACCUCUAGACUCUCCCUUUCAAAUUUAUGUAGUUAUAUAUGAGUUUGAAUAAACAUGUAUGUUAUGUUAUGUUAUGUUAUGUUAUGUUAACUGUAAUUUUAAAAUGCGGUUAUGUGUACUACAGAUACAAUGCUGUUUCUAUGGAUUCUAUUGUGUAACAGAAGAGGACUUGAAAAUUUUCAACAGAAAUUUGCUAGCAUGUCUACAAGAAGAUACCAGCUCAUUACGCUUGUUAAGAGUGGCUAGACUGGGCUUACAGAUUGUAAAAUAUUUCUCCCACAGAUAUAAAUUACACUGUUUGAAAGAGGGGUUGUAGGUGAUAGCCUGCUUCAAAAUAUUCUAGGUGAUCUGGAAGUUUAUGUUACUGUCUUUAAGGUUGCAUACAUGUUUACUUAGCUCGGUGCUCAUUCUUUUUCUAAGGUUGUUAAAUGAUGUUUUAUUGUUUGCGAACUGCAUCUUAAAAUUGUUUUCAGUUAGUCCAGCGUAAUUAAGUCUCGUCAGGUUUGCUGUCUUCCGUAGUUACGGUCGCUUGAUAUACAAUGGAUUUCCUGAGGCAAUGGUCAAAUAUUUUUUAAAAAUUACACAAUAAUUGCUUCCUGUAGUAAAUAAAUGUACCGGUAUGUUAUAUGUGAAAUGCAUGGUGCCCCUGUUAUUUGAUUCUGAGACUCAAAAGUGCAGAGAACUAUCCUUUUUUUCCAGCAAGUAACUUAACUGAAAACUGUGAACACCUGCACUUGAAAGUAUAAGUCAAAAGAUUUUGAAUGUCCUAUUAAAAAUAUUAUGUACAUUUUAAUGUACUAGUUUCAACUGUGCCAAUAGUCAACCACUAGGUGUAGUAGCACUGAAUAUAUAUGGUGGGUAUUGGACGUUUGUAAGAACAUGUAGAUCUAGUAUUGCAUUCAUCACCUAACAAUAACUUUAGGAAGGUUAGAUAGCACUAUGUACCAGAAAAAGUUUUACUAUCUUGUGGUUAAAUUAAUGCUAGAACAAUCCAACAUUGUUAGGGCUGUCACCAAGAUUUCAAGUUGCCCGAUAAAUAACACAAGUAGGCAGGGAAUCAAACUGCUAGGGAUUUCUUUUGGUUCUAUUUUUCGUCUAUUUUCCUAUGAAAGUAGCCAGGGGAAAGCCCCGUCUCUUCAUGACAGCCCUGAUUGUGCUAUUCACAGGAUAGAGGUUUGUACAGUGGAUAAUGCUGUUCAACUGUCAAAACUUGAUGACUUGUUGUAUGCACUGUACGACUCCUUGUUCAGGUCAAUUUUUUUCUUUUUGAAAGACUAUAAUGUUACAUUUUGAAAAUGAUAAUCAGAUUUUGAAAUGAAUGCUUAGAGAAUAAUCUUUUUCUUGAAAUUGUUCAACAGACCCUGGUACAAGGGAACGUGCCAGACCUUACCUCAGACGAUUUGCGGUGGCUGAUCCUAAACUUGCAAUUUGUCAAGCAAGACUAAAACGAUCAGCUUCUGCACCAAAUCACCCACGAGGACGUGCCUACACUGAUCAACUUCCAAGAAAAGGGAGCAGACAGAAAGAAGAUAGAAACAUGCACAAGGGAAGCAGCACAAGCUCUGAAGAUGUUAGAGCUGUAGGCAGGUUUAGCCUUUUAGGGGUUGACCAAGGUGUUGAUGGAAUAUUUGCGAGAAGAAAAGAUGAGAUUGUGGAAAGGGUAAUAACAGACUUUCCAGUAGAUAACAACUCUUCUUCAAGUAGGACAGAUAAAAUAACAAGACCUGAAAAUUAUAAAAGAGAUAGUUGGCCAGAUAAUGGUGGAAAAAGAAGUAGCCAGGAGUCUUUACCAAAGAAUUGUGUAAACUGUGGACAACCCGUAGAUUUUUCUAGAGAUUUAGACCAUAACUCAUCAGCCGAAACAGCUGAGGCAAGUAAGUAUUUAAAAUGUAAAAAAUGUGGACAUAUAAGGAAUUAUUCGUCUGGUGGAAGCAGUCUUCCCGGCACACCUUAUUCUGCACAUCGGACAUUGGAAACUUCGCCAUUUGGAUUACCUUCUCAAAGAACUGCACAAUCAUCACAUAAAGUCAAUGGAAAUUUAAAUCACAAACCUGCACAAAUGCACGGGAAUAGUGGUUAUUAUUUAUCCAAGAAUAACAAACCCUCCAAGGAAUCUAGUUCUGUUUUAAAUGGCAGCCUUAAAACUGAUAUAUUUCUACCUCCUGAUUCUGCUGGUAGACAGUUUAAUGACUUACUUUAUGAAACUCCAAGUGCCCUAGCACAGAGAUUGUUCAACCUGGAAGGAUUUGACAGAGAUGAAGUUUCACCAGAACUCAGUAAAAAGUAAGUAUUAGUACCUUGUUUUUUAACUGAACCAGAUUGAAAUCUUCAUUACUCAGGUACAGUACAGAAAUGUACUAACAUGUAGAUCCUGCAUAUGCAUUGCUCAGACUGGUUAUUUAACCCUGUAAGUCCCAUAGGAACCAACAUCAAUUUUCUCCUCACAACAUCACCCUGUAUUAAAAAAAUCAAUAGAAAGGAUUAUGGGAGUUGAUGAAAUGAUCGCCAAAGGGCAAAUGCAAUGAUCUUUUGUCAAAUUCCCUUAUGGAAAUUUAUGGAGGCAAGUUUGGAGAAUUUCUAUGUGGAUGAAAAGAUUGAAGAAAAGAAAAACAUUAAAUAAAACACUUCAAAGAGGUUUAAUGUCAGUCUCACCAUUAGUCGCUGUCAAGAUAGUAGAUGGGAGUGAACUGUUCAUCUGAAACAUUUAAGUAAUGUAUGUAACUAAUAUUGCAACUUUUUUCAGUACUCCAUAUGGGAAAUUGGUGGCCGUGGAAUACCUCAAGUUCUUUGCCUUUGGUAGUGAAACCAUUACACAGUCUCUACAGAAAUUCCUCAAAGCCUUUCAUUUGAGUGGUGAGACCCAGGAGAGAGAAAGAAUCUUGAUCCCCUUUUCCAAGAGAUAUCAAGAGUGCAAUAAUCCAGAUUAUGGAUCAGAAGGUAAUGAAAUAUACACUUUGUAACCUCACGCCAACCCAAACAUGUUUUUUAGUUGUUGUAAUCUUUUGGGGCACUUGAAAAGCGAGGCAUUUUUCAAUCUGAAAAUGUUUGGCAUCUCUUUACAGAUCGAUUUUGGAUAAAAAAAAUUUGCUUGAGUACAUUUUUUUAACAUUGUACUGUGAUGUUAUGUUUGUUUCUUCACUCCAACUUUAUACAAUUUAUCUAAAAUAAAUUAUUACAGUCAAGUCUUUAUUACCAGAUACCUCAGUCUAUAUGAUGGAGACCUCCAUAAGAAGGGUAACUUCCUAAAUUGGACAUACAGCAUUGGUCCUCUUCAACCAUUUUCUUGACUCAUCUUUAAAGAGACCGGUGACAUUUUUCCAUGUUAAAUCAGUAAGUGCCAGUGUUGACUGACUGUCUAUCAUGGAGAGCUGAUAGGGGAUUCUAUGAUGGCAAAUGUGGCAAGAAUGCCACUUAAAAAUUGUUUUUUCAUUCUUUCAACCUUUAUUGCAAUGAUUCGAACACCCAAGUCACUUUGUCAAAUGUAGGCAAAUUCUCCAGGAGUAAAUCCCUAAAAACCACACCCAAGUUGUAGUUGUUUAUGACCUCCAUAAAAUGUGAAAUAAGGCAGUUUCAUGUCAUACUUUACUUGUGCAGUGAAGGCAAAGAUGUGUACCAAAAAGCGGGUUGCGCAUGCAGAGUUGUUGCAGAGUUAUUAAAAUUAAAAAUUUAUACUGCCUUCUUGAAGAUCUUGUUUCCUUCAUUGUUGUAACAUCUUAAUUUCCUUGUUUAAGCUUACACGUCAUUCAAAUGACCAGGUUAACUUACUGUCACUUUACUCAUAAAAAAGUUGUGAUACACUAACUGUAUUAACCCAUUCGCUCCUGGGGAUUUUGCCGAAAAACGCGUUUUGAAGCUAGUCGAGUGGUUUUCUGGUCACUGUCGUGCUAUAAAGAGCUAAAACUUACCACAAACCGGUUUACAGGUCGUACACUUGGCGGCCUUCUGAUCCAGAUGCAAAAUAUCAGCUUGCGAAGUUCGGGCAUGCGCAGAAAGCAAAAUUUCGACAUAGUUUUUGGGUUUAAAAGUGACACAGCAGUCUUGACUUUUACUUUUCGCUUUCUCUCUUCCCUUCUUUUUUCGCUUUUCUUGCCUCAUUUUUUUUUUCUCUUGCUGGGCAUUUAGUAGGCUUCAUUUUGGUGGGAAGAGUUUUUAGGAAAGCUUUUAGGAUCUUAGGAUUAGGUGAAAGGAAAGGUAGGUGGGUAAUGGAACAAGAUUUUCAUGGAGAUUUUCAGGUCCUUGUCACGUGGUUUUUUGCUUCUUUCUCCGGUGUCCUUGACUGAAUUGUGCUCAUUCUGGUAUGGUUUGAAAGAUCUCUUCACUCUGCACAAGUUAGCGAAGAAAGUUGUCCUUGACCGUUAAAACUGAUGACGUCACAAAGGGUAGAAAGGACCUGGAUCCGCACGGGCGGUUACGGGCGGUUCAGGGGCGAAUGGGUUAAGGAUGUUGAUCUAUACCACCAACUCCAAUUUAAACCUUAUGAAAUUUCUUUUUUUCUAUUUAGAUGCUACUCAUACAUUAGUGUGUGCUAUUCUUUUACUCAACUCUGACCUUCAUGGUGAGGUAAGUGACUGGGUUUUAUACUGCAAACCCGAUCACCAGCUUAUGGGUCUCCUUAGAUGAUUUUUUGUUGGUGCGUGAAUAAAUGAUAAUGCUUAACCCAAAGGAGUAACCUGACCAUGCAGUGCUAUCACAUUGAUUGAGCUGAAGUAUGAGAUACAUAGUGGUCUCCAACCGAAGUGUACUAAUCAAAGUACAAACACCUAGUUAUCAUCUUUAAGAGAUCAACUCUGCUGCUUAGAAAGAAGUCCAGUAAAAAAGUGCAAAGCAUCAGGAAAAAGUUGGUUGGCUUAGUUACACUGAAAUACUAACAGUAUGGUUGAGAGAAGUUUUGUGGCAACUCUUUUAAGAGUACUUCCUUGGUGGUGCCUGGAAAUGAAGUUCCAAGUGAUUUUCAAUAGACUAACCAUGAUAAACUUCACCCUCCAGUUUGUCUUUUCAAUGCUUGUGAAUCAAAUUGAAAAUUUUGAUAUUAACUCAGGUUUCAUUAAGGACCUUAUUUGUUUGUUUGUUAAUGUCUGUUGUUGUUGUUGUUUUUUUUUUUUCCAACUUAACAUCUCUUUUUCCUUUGUUUUUAAUUUGGAAGAAUCUCCAUAAAAAGAUGACUCAAGCUCAGUUCAUAGAAAAUUUAACAGGAUUAUGUGAUGGAAAGGAUUUUCCCAAAGAUUUGCUCAAGGUAUGCACAAAAUAUUAAAGGAUUAAAUUGCAUAAGAACACCUGCAUGCAAGAAACGGAAUUUUGUUCAAGUUACAUGUAUAACCUAAACAGGUGUUGCUCUAUUGAAAAGUUAUGUUAUGUGCAUGUACAUUUAAAGUUUCAGUGCAGAUCUAGCUUGCUCUUAAGUUCCAGGCACGAAAUUGAAAAAGUUUUUGAGUUGAAAAUUCAACAAGUUUACUUUAUUUACCUAUUCCCUCAUCUGCUGAAACGUGGAAAGUCUUUUACAAACAUGGUGUGUCAAUUUCCUUUUUGCUUAAGCUGACAUUUUAAGUGAGAAAAAUCCAUAUUUUGGAGAGCAUCUUUUAUGCAAAACAACAACUGAUUAUGCGUGUGAAACUUUGUAUUCAUGUAUUACACUUCACGACGGGUAAGAAUUUCUCUUUUAAUCAGUGCCAUAACAAAGAGUUUUGCAUUUUUUCUCGGAAGAGUUAAUUUAUAAAAGGAAUAGAGAACUUUUUUCCUGUAUUUGCAUAGCCUGAUAUAAACACUUGAGGGGUUGGGAGAGUUCUCCCAACCCCUGGCUCCUGUGUUUAUAUCAGGCUAUUCAAACGCAGAAAAUGUUUUCUAUUCCUUAAAUAGUAACUACCUUACUGAAGUGCACUUGUAAACAGGUAAACUAUCAUUAAUUUUAUCUCAAGUGGACUUCCACGGAAUCAAAAGCAAAUUACUGCACCUAGUUUGAAUUUAAAAAAGGAGUUAACAGUGGUCUUGCUCCGUGAUUUUUCAGGGAAUUUAUCAAGAAAUUAAAAGUAAGCCAUUGGAAGGAUUUGGGUAAGUAGUGUCAAGGCAAAAGAAUAAAAAAGUGGCAAACUGCUUACUGUAGGAAAACAGAUAAUAAUAAUAAUAAUAAUAAUAAUAAUAAUUAAUUUUCAUUUUUUCUGUGAAAACGUUUUUAAAAGUGGUCCGUGGUAUCUUGUUCAAUGGAACUGCAGUACAUGUGGAGGUGUUUUAGUGGUCUAUAAAAGUGCAAGUGUCCCCAGAGUGUACAAUGCAAUUUUCUUUUCAUUCUCGCUUUUUGAGAUCUGUAAGUGGAGAGAGGAAUUUUUGAUGAAUUUUGAUGAUAAACUGACCUUUAAUUAUCUAAUACAGUGUUCCAGUAGAUUGAUCUAUGUAAGUGGGUUUGCAAAAAUGUAAAUUUGUUUGUUUUUUAAUUUACUUUUAGUGUUAAAGAAAAAACACCAACACCAACACCUUCCAAGAGAUCUCUCACGCCAAAUGGCUCAAAGGUAAUUUGAAUAAAUUACUAAUGCACUUUUGGUGCAGUGGAUAGAGAUGUGCUAGAGAACGCGUGCUAACUCAUCUGUCUAUUCUUCUUAUGUGCACAAUAAUAUUAAUGGUGUUAGUUAAAUUAUAAUGACAGUAAUUCAGUCUAACCUUUAGUACAUGGACCCUCUUAGUAUCAGAAAAAGUGUUUCUUCAGAAAAGGUUAAAAAGGCAAGGUUUGUAUGUUCAGUAUGUCAGUGGGACUGUUACUUUGUUUGUUUACUUGAGUCACCCACCUAAGGGAGUUGACUGCUUACAGGAGUUGUUUAGGAGUUGGUGUUCGUAAGCAGAGGUUUAAACUGUAUUAGAUUAUUCAAUAAAAUUUAAUCAGCUCUUUGGAAGUAAUGUUUUCUGGGUAUCUAUUGCAACUGUACAGUUGAGGAAGUAUCAGCACUUGCAUGGUCGAACAGGUUACAUGUAAUGUUGUAUUUUUUGUGAAAUCUUUUUCUGGCUGUUAUCUCAUUUUCUAAUUACAUUGUAUGUGUGUUGUUUUUACAUUCUAGGGAAGCUCUUUGGGCAAUCCGUUUGUGGAGGUAAAUGUACAUAAUGUUAAUUAUAAUCACAGAACUUAGAUCAGUUUGAUUGUUUAUUUGUCAUAACAAUGUUGUAUACUUUCUGAGAUUGCUCAAUAAUAUUUAAUUCUGAUGACAUAUCUGUGGUGAAAUUUCACAACAACAAAUUUACAUUUUGGUGCAACCCCUCCUGCAAACAUCCCAUGAGCACCAACACCUCAUAACUGAGAAUGUUUAGACAAUCAUUGACACAGGGGAUGCAAAUAAUUUCAACCAUGCAUGUUCUUUUGGCCUGCACUUGUUCCUCUCUUAGUGACAACUUCAUUUAUAUGACACCUAAAAUUGUAACUUUUCGUGGUUCUUGGGUUGUCCCAUUCUCUGGGUUUUACAGUAGCAGUCUCUGCAUACUUGAUCCUAACAGUGGAAACUUAGAAAUCUGGUUUUGUCAACUGAGCUGGCAAAGAAAGUUGGCCACCCAAAAAAGUAUAAUAUUCUAAAGAUGAAGAAAUUGAGCUGUUCAUCAGAUUAGAGAAAAUUAGUUUGGAUAAUGGUCUAAAAUGUAGUCAUAAUUGUAAUAUUCUAGAAUUAUUGAAAUAUUUUUAUUGUAAUAUUAUUGUAAUAUUUUAAAAAUACUUAUAAUGAUUAAUUUGGGAUCAUAGAUUCAAGCAAGUGAUAGUGACAAGGUUUACAAAGAGGGUCUACUCUACAGAAAGGUCACCAUAGAUUCAGAAGGGAGGAAGAGUGAGUUUAUUAUUUUUAUUAUUUAUUAUUUUUUUAACAGUCCAGUGGUCAUGUUUUCCCUUAAACCUAACCUCCAAGUGAGAUCUUUAUUAAUGGUAUACAUGUAUGUUUAAAAGGAAUUGUUUCCUCUAUCGCUGGUGUAAUUAUAGUUAAAUUUCGACCAUACUUGCCAUAGAGCCUCCAGUAGUUCAGUUAUUGUUUAUUAUUGUUUAUUGUUUUGUUUGCCAUAAGUUAUACAAAGCAAAAAAAUGUAAUUAUUUUUAAAAACUCUCAUGUCGAGGAAGCCCAAGAGAAGCCACCAGGCUUAUAAGGAAUGGGCUCCCUCAGUUAGAUAGUUAGAACAAAAUAUUAUCAUAAUUACACAUAGGAAAAUCAAUGGCAGAGCUACAGUAAAUCUUAAAAUAAAUAUAUUAGAUAGUCGUACUAAUCAUAGUUCUAGGCUAAAAAAAGCGAAAUGACAAAAAGAAAAAAAAAAUGAAAGUAAAAUAGCAAAGGUCAAAAAAUAUAUAUAUACAUACAUAUAUAGAGCACUGAACUAGAACUGAACUAGAACUAGAACAGGGUCAUGAGUGUGAUCUUCACCUGGAGCUCAGAAUUUUUUCUGAGCUUUCUGGUACAUGUAAAGACACAAAAAUAACUGAAACCACAGGCAACCCAAUAUUGUAAGAUAAUAGAGUACUAAAGUGUGACGUCAUAAAAAUCAAAUUUGUGAAAUUAUGGGAUUUGCCUGCAUAUUCUGAAAGAACAACGUCCAAGACGCCUACUCGCCAAAAACUAGCAUUGUGGGGCAAAUUGUCUCUGAGAUAUUAACCCAGUUAUGCUCUGAUGACUCCAUACAAAUCCUUCUAAUUUUGACUUGGGUCUAAACGUUUAGACCCAAGUCAAAAUUAGAAGGAUUUGUAUGGAGUCAUCAGAGCAUAACUGGGCUAAUAUGUCAGAGGCAAUUUGCUCCGAAAUGCUACUUUUUGGUAAGUAGGCGUCUUAGACAUUGUUCUUUCAGAAUAUCUUGACAAAUCCCAUAAUUUCACAAAUUUAAUUUUUAUGACGUCAUCACUUUAGAACUCUAUAGAGAAAUUAAAACUUAAACACCCAAAUUGCAUGCAUACUGUCAAUGAUUCAAAGGGAUUUUUUAUGUGUAUCUGUUUUUUAAAACUGAUUUGAUAAUAUUUCUGUUUUUCUUUAGCCUCAGCUUGGAAAAGAAAAUGGAUGCCAUUUUAUGGCACCUUGAAAGGAAUGAUACUUUUUCUCCACAAGGUACUAAUGAAGUCUUAAGGUGAUUCCAUAGUAAAAGAACCUAACAUAGAUUUUAGCUAAAACUUGGUACACUGAUGUAACAAGUCAAGAAGAUGAUAAAAAAGUAAUAAAAAGUGGGGGUCACCGUGCUCGUUUUGACGUCACAAUGCUGACAAAUACGGCUAUUUAGGACCCUUUUACAAAAACCGCGGGCAGCGCAAAACUAGACAAAAAGGAGAGAUUUUUUCGAUGAUGCAUGUGACAUCACACAGAAUUUGACUUUAAUGUAUUGUUUAUCCACUUANUCUUAAGAACAGUGCCUUUCUCUUAUUUCAUCAUGUGUGGAUCAAGAAAUUAAAAAAAUGGGAGUCAUAUGCUCCAUAUCCUCUAACGGUUAAAAACAUUUUUAAAAUGUACAUUUAUAUAAUUAAAAUUAAUAUGUUAAUAAGUUCAAGCCAAGUAGAGUGGGCAAUUUAGAUUUGGCCCCUUUGGCUGGGCCCCCAAUGCAUGGAUCUCCUCAACAUUACAAGCUGUUGAAGGUGAUCAGAUUUGUUCCUUCCUGGGUAUGUUUUUUUUCUGUCUCUUUUCAUCUUUUUGCCAUCUCAAUGAAUGAUAAUAAUAAUAAUUUAAAGUAAUAAUAUCAUUGCUUUUCAGUACAGUUAUUAUACCUUUUGUGGAAAAGACCAUAAAUCUUUCAUUAUCACUUUUGCACUCCUUCCAGUCAGAUGAAGUUACCACUCCAGAACAAACAAGGAACUGUUUAGGAGUUCACCAUGCUUUGGCUAGUCGAGCUACAGAUUAUGUCAAGAAACCCUUUGUAUUUAGAUUUGUCACUUCAGAUUGGAGGGAGUUUCUCUUUCAAGCAAAGUAAGUAAACUGUAGUAGUUACCUCAGUGUAAUGAAGUGAUAUGUAUUUUCCAUAUAAUUUAAUCAUGUUCACUCAAGUACCCCAGAUUAAUCUCUGUCCUCAAAUAAGCUCCUUGGCCCUGAUAUAAUCAAAAGAUGUUCAUUCUGUUAGUUUAAUACAGGAAAUAAUAUUACCAUUGUUAAUACAACUCUUUGCUGUGUUCAACUUUCAAAUGAAGGCUGCCCUCAAAUAAGUGCCGCAUUUGAGGCAUGACAAAUUUGAUAAGUGUGGCGGCACUUAUUCAAGUAACUAUGGGAAUGUAGUUGCUGGAGAAUCAUCUCUUCUUUGGCAGUAAUGUACUGGCAGCUGUCAAAAUCUCUGGAAACAUAUAGAAAACUAUAUAAUAAUUGUUAUGUGGCUUAUCAACCUAGACAGGUAACCAGAUAUCUUAAUGUUAUAAAAAUAAACGAAUUUGAUUUAGACCGGUAUAGAGUAUGAAGCCUUUUCUUGUAGUAAAUUCAUUGACAAAGUGUUGUUUGUUCAUUUGAUUGUUUUUGCAGAAAUCAAAAUGAAAUGAAUGCAUGGAUUGAGGCCAUAAAUCUUGUAGCUGCCACAUACUCAUCACCACCCCUACCAGCUCCAAUUGGGUCUUGGUACGUUUUACAUUAGUUUGUACCCUUUUUGAUGACUUAAUUACUUGACCUUACAUAUUUAACAUAUGUCAAUAAUGGCAUUAAUUACUGUACUCAAUGUAAUUCGUUUUCUUUUAUCGUUGAUAUAAUUUGGGGAACUAGGAAUGGCACAGUUGUUAGAGCACUUGCCUGCCACCCAUAUAUAUGUGGCUCAGGUUUGACUUCUGGUAUUGACCUCGUGUGUGGGUUGAGUUUGUGGCUGGCUCCCUUCUCUAGUCGUAGAGGUUUCUCUCUGGGUAUACCCACAGCAGGUUGUCCCUUCUCCUGAAAAACUAACAAAUCCGUGUUCCAAUUUGAUGUGGAAAGUGUCUUCAAGUAGUUGGUAAUACUUCGAGGAUGAGAGAUGAGAUGUCAUAUCCCACCCUCUUCAAAUUAAUAAUGUUGGAUAGUUUUUUUUGCUAGUUACAGUGACUCUUAGGUGAACUUUGGUUUUCCCCAGGCCUUGUCGAAUCUUGACAAAAUGUUUUCAGACAUUGUCUCUGGCCAAUACAUUUUGUGAUCGUUAUUAAUCUCAGGUCUCCCUGGAGCAUUCUUGAAGGUAGCUAAUUAAUGUAUCUUCAUUUGUUUUAUGUUUGCUUUUUUUGUAGCAAGAGAUUUCAGCGGCCUGUUCUUCCUUUUUCUCGCUCUCAGAUGCCACUUGUAAGUGUCCUCCUUUGUUUUUUCCUGCAUCUUCUUGUUUGACUGUGCCAGGAUUAGCUCAGUCAAUAGAGCUCUUGACUGCAGAAUGGCGAGGUCAUGGGUUUGAUCUCUGGGGCCGGACCAAUAGUCGGGGUGUUCCAGACUUCCAAUCCCCAAAAGGCAAAAAAUGUGAUACUCUGAACCAAGAGCUGGGAAAAGUGGUGAGAAAUGGGUAAAAAGUCGUGAGAUGUCUCAAAUUUCCUAGUGGAAGGAUUUUCAGUGGGGAUAAUGGAUAUUGGAAGUCACAUAUCACUUUAAAGCUUGAGCAGUAAACAUCACGAUUUUACGAUUUAGGUUUUUUUUUUUUGGCGGCCAUCUAGAAGCAAGAGAAACAGUAAGUUGGCAAAUUCAGUGGCAGUGGCAAGUCUUAGGAGGCAAAGAGAAUGUUUUCUUUGGUUUGAGCUUGCUAUCUAUGGAUGUCUUAACUUGGAAACGAAUCUGACAGCUCCAACAUUUUUUUGGAGUUUGACUUUUCGAGAAAGCAUGAGAAGUUGCUAAUAUAACUCAUGAGAGCAUGAGAUUGGUCUUUAAAUUGUGAGACUCACAACAAAGUUGUCAGACUUGGCAUGUCUGUUGUUCAAAUCUAACAGAUAAAUCACUAUCCACUAUCCACAAUUGUGUUCUCCACAACUAGGCCAAGGCUGUAAAAAAUCUUCUUUAGUUAAACUUCCAUUGAGUAGCCAGUAGUUGAAGUCGCAAAAUAACUGUAGAAAAGAAUACAACCACCUUUUGGCCAUCCGAACAAGAUUUUUCAUGUUGUUGCCACCUCAAUUUAAGCAGCCAUCAAGCACUUGAUACACUAAGUCCAGUUUUAUUUUAAUUUACGAUGAAGGAUAAUACAGUCAGAGAUUGAAGGUGAUGACUGAUCAUGGGCAAAGUGCACACAGCAUUAAAGCACAUUUAAUUUUAACCUUGCACUUUACUUGAUGCUAAAGGUAAUUUCUUUAUUUUGUAAACCACUCUUGUUCAAUUCAACAGGCCAAACAACUGGAACAUCAUGAGAAGAAGGUGAGUUGUUGAAUCAGCAUAUACUGUUAAUCAAAGAUAUGCUAUCAAUGUACUCUGUUUUGAAUAGUGUUAAAUGGCAACUGUUUGUUUUGCAGAGUUCAGAAGCUGAGGGACAAUUGAUUGAAAGUUUACAAAGUAAACCCACAGGUGGCUCAGUCAGAGAACUAGAGGUGAUUCAUUUCUUAGUUAGAUUAAUUACAGAGGAUCCAUUUUUCAUACUUCUGAGAUAAAGGAAAAUAUGUCAAUCUAUUGGGAGAAAGGAAAAAAUUGAGGAUAGAAUCAUAGAACUUUAAAAGUAGGGAAGGAAAGUCAGUUUUGGUUUUUACUAUUGGGAGUUUAGGAAAUGAAGAUUCCUCAACAUUCCCUUUUCUUGAUAUACAGCUAUUUCGAGAAUGGUUGUCGGAAGAAGUGCAUCCAACAAUCCUGAAAGGUAUUAUGGGUGGUUUGGUUUUGAGUCCACUGUUAGUCAAAGAAAUUUAAAAGAAUGGCAUGAGAGGCCAUGGACAUGCGUUUGUGAAUGCUAAAGGAAAGUAGCAAAAGUAGGUUCGACAGCUACAGUGUCAGGAACAGUGCACAUUUUUGCGACAACCUUUCUCGAAAAAGCUGUAUAUAUUUAAGAAAACAGGCUGCAAGAGUAUCAAAAGCUGGUCAUAAGCACUCAGUGAAUAUUUCUAGAAUUCAUUCACUGGCCAAGCUUUGGAGCAGGUGUAACUGUUAAAGUUCAGUGUAGAAGAAGAUAUAAUUGGCUUUGCAAUAAUUAUCUGAAUGCAUUGCUUAUAUACCUUGUUUCAGGAAUGGCAGGAGAAGCAUGAGUUCCUGGAGUACGAGGUAAUUAAGUACACUGUAUAGCUAAGAUCAGCUCUCAAAAUGAUCAGUCUCUAAUUCCAGUUUCUUAAUGGACCAUCAGAAUAGGAAAACUUAUUUUAUCAUUACUUAGGAGGAGAAGGUACAUGUAUUAUGGCUAAGUGUUUUAUAUUAGGGCACCUGAUUUCAAACCUAGGUUGAAGCCCCUACCCCACCACCCCUUGACAUUUAACCCCCUGAGGGGUUAAAGCUUGAGUUGAUUUUUGGCACCUUAAUGAACAGAUGUUCUCUGUAAGCCCAAGUUCAACUCCUUGAUGAUAAUCUUGAAAAUAGCCAAAUGGUCAAGCCUCUAGUUGGUUGGGAUUAUGUUUCCUCCCUUUUUAUUGUGGUCCACUAUUAUUUAUAAUAUUGUGAAAAUUGAGCAGCCAUACGUGUAUCACCUAAUUGCCCUGUAAGUUGAAAUGAGAGAGCACCAGCUGUUUGAAUGGGAAAAGCACAGAGAGAAAAUAGCUGGUAAUAAUAAUAUUAUAAAAACUCAAAAAUCCACUAUCUGACGACUGGUAAUCAAGAUCAUAUCAGAUCUACCGUAAAAUGCCGAAAAUAUACUGCAGGGCUUUUAUUUUUCAAAGGCCCUUUUUGAGGGGCUUAUUUUUGGAGGGGCUUAUAUACGGAGGGGCUUACCUACAGAGGGAAAUUUGCAUUUCAAAAUCGACUGGGCUAGCCUUAUAGUUGUAAGUAAAUUUAACGUUUUUGCUUUGUUUUGCUUUGCAUUUGAGGGCAAUUUCCCAAGUACAAGCCCCGGUGAGGGGUGAUACCAGUGAGGGGGGCUUAUAUUUGGAGGGGCUUAUACAUAGAGGGGCUUAUUUUCGGAAUUUUACGGUAUCUCCAUUGUUCUUUAAAUAUUAUUGACACAUUGCUAUUAAUGUUCAAAUUUGAUGGUUGGUUUCAAUUAAUGAAAAAAACAUUCAAAACGCCAUAUUCAUUGUUUCUUCGCAGUACAAAAGGUACACAAUGUACGUGAAUGUGUUACGUGGCUCAAAGUUGGAGAGCAAGUUGCGUGACAAGCCUCGAGGUCCCGGCAGGUCUGUUCAAUCUAUCAUGUUACAGAUGAAGCGCUCUAGUUCUUUGGGGGAUUUAGAUCUAACUACUGGCUACAAGGGCAGAAAUGUCAGAGAAAGCUACUUUAUGGCCAUUUAUAAGGGUUAA